AACUUACGACUGUACCAUGACGCUUAAACCCUACUCUCUUGGACCAGUGUAGUUUUUGCUGCAGUGAAUUGGGGUUUUUGUUCAUCUUACUUUUCCAAAUAAUUCAUACUUAAAUUACAUUGUUUUGGCCUCAAUUCUUUUCAAAGUAAAUUGCAGGGAAAAAUACAGAAUUAGGGUUUCCGAUUCAUUUUGGGUUUUCAAUUAAAAUGGAAGAUACCUCCUUCCUAUUUGCAGGCAUUAAAUUUGAUAAGAAUAAGUUCGCCAAAGAUUUCGCCAAGUUUAAGGUGAACAAAGAAAACAAAGAUUUGGAAGUGAAUCCAGGUUUAGUUAACAGUUCUAAGAAUGAAGCCGAAGUAGGGAAAAAGUCCAUUAGGAAGAGAAAAAGAAAGGGCGCUACUGGAGAAUCAGUGGAGGGGUUUAGCGUCUUUAAUAAGAGUACAAAUGCAGUCAAUGAAGCUGCACAAAAUGAUGAGGAAGAUGGGAAGCCUGAUGAGAGGAAGGAGUUUUUCCAGCAACUUGAGCGUGAUGCGCUUCUGCGGAAAGAUCAUAAAAUUCAUAUUUCUGGGAGUAAUGUUCCAUCUCCUCUCCAAAGCUUUGAGGAGCUUAAUACUAGAUAUGGUUGCAAACCCUAUAUAUUGCGAAAUUUAGCUGAACUUGGAUACAAGGAGCCUACACCAAUUCAAAGGCAGGCUAUUCCAGUCCUUCUAUCUGGACGUGAAUGUUUUGCUUGUGCACCCACUGGUUCUGGCAAAACCUUAGCAUUCAUUUGUCCCAUAUUAAUGAAACUUAAGCAUGGGUUAAAAGAUGGUGUUCGUGCUGUUGUUGUUUGCCCUACUCGUGAGUUAGCUGCUCAAACGACUCGAGAAAGCAAGAAACUUGCUCAAGGAAAGAAUUUUUAUAUCAAAUUGAUGACUAAGGAGCUUUCAAGAAGCGCUGAUUUCUCAAAAGUGCCUUGUGAUAUACUUAUAUCAACGCCACUUCGCUUAGAAUCUUCAAUCCGCCAAAGGAAGCUUGAUUUAAGCAGGGUUGAAUUCCUUGUUCUCGAUGAAUCAGAUCAGCUAUUUGAACUUGGUUUUAUGCAGCAGAUUGAUUUCAUCGUUAAAGCCAGCUCAAAUCCGUCAGUUAUUAGAAUGUUGUUUAGUGCGACUUUACCUGACACUGUUGAAGACCUUGCGCGGACAUUAAUGCAUGAUGCUGUGCGGAUUAUUGUUGGCCGAAAGAAUACAGCUUCUGCAUCAAUAAAGCAGAAGUUGGUUUUUGCUGGAAGUGAAGAAGGGAAGUUUCUUGCACUGCGUCAAAAUUUUUCUGAGAGUUUGAAUCCACCAGUCUUAAUCUUUGUGCAAAGCAUGGAACGUGCUAAAGAGCUCUAUAGAGAACUGGCGUUUAGUGAUAUCAAAGUGGAUGUCAUCCAUAGUGAUUUGCAAGAAGCACAGCGGGAGAAUGCUGUUGAUAAUUUCAGGUCUGGUAAAACUUGGGUUUUGAUUGCUACGGACGUUGUUGCUCGUGGGAUGGACUUCAAAGGUCUCAACUGUGUGAUUAAUUAUGAUUUUCCAGACUCAGCUGCUUCUUACAUCCACAGAGUUGGUCGAGCUGGUAGAGCUGGAAGAGAAGGAGAAGCCAUUACCUUUUAUACAGAAGUAGAUGUACCAUAUUUGCGUAAUGUGGCUAAUAUUAUGUCAGAGUCUGGGAGUGAGGUACCAUCUUGGAUCAUGUCCAAGCCAAAAGCCAAAUGGAAGAAGCAUCGUCCUGUCAGGAAUUCUAUAUUUUCUGGUCCCGUCGAUCGUAUGUAGUUUGAUGACAAUUUAAGGAAAGAUGUAAUUCUGCAUGUAUUUAUUUUUGUUACUGUUUUUUCCAGAGUCCCAUCCGAAUUUAGUGUAGGAUACAAUCAUACUUUUUCAGUUUCCCUUUUCUUUUAGGAUUAUAGAAUUAGUUCUAGACUUUUUUUUCCAGUCGUUAGUAACUUUCUUGUUGAUAGAAUUUUUGUUCUCUUGAAAUGCAUUGACACGAUUACUCA